ACAUGCAACAUAUUAGAUUAUAUGUUUAUUUUUUACAAUAUUAUUAGAUAUUACACUGUGUUGAUUUUAUAAAUAAAAGGCAUAAAGUGGUAUUAUUAUUUUAUAUUUUCAGAACACUCUCUUGCUCUAUCUCUAUCACUACAGCACUAGGCUUCAGUUCUCAUCACUUCUCAUUUCUUUCAAGGUAAAUAUAGAACAAGCUAUGGCUUAUCAUAAACCAACAUUUAUAUCUCUGACUUUGCUCAUUUAUUUUGCAAUAUUAGAUCUCAUGUGUUUAGUUCCCAUACCACCCAUAUUGUUCUGGCACUUAUUCUGUGCAGUCUUCGGAUUCUUCCUCACAAAUCCCUCCAAUAGCAAACCAAAAGGUCAAAGUAAACUGCCUGAACCGAUAUUACCAUUUUGGGCUUUUUUUAAAUUCAGAACUAAUAAACACCACUCCAGAUCAGUUAGGCCUAUUCCAUUGAGAAAAUGCAUUGUGCGUAUGAACCUUAACAGAAUCAUGAGACUAAACCAGUGGAAAUCAAAGAUCAAAAUUCCUCCCAAACAAGACAAGUCUGAUUCAAUUACCUGCGAUAGUGAACCACGGGUAGGCCUUUUGUUUACAUUAGUAAAGCACACCAAACUAUGGAUUCUGCGCCUAAUCGAUACAUUCAGAGAAAUUAUUUGUUCUCCUAGUGCAGUAUUCUAUCUUGCCCUUGAUGUUUUGAUACUAGGACUUCGCCAAUACAUCAACAGAGACAUUGAUGACACCAAAGAAUUACUGAAAUACAAAUGCUCCUCUUUUGAACACUUUCUCUCGACCAUCCUUAUCUGGAUACUAUUUGUCACUGAGUAUUUUGGAAUGCCACGAGAACUACAAGUCAUAACAAUUUUGAUUUUGUUCUGUGUAAUUCUGUACAGGGCAGUUCUCCAAACGUUUCACACAGAAAUGAUGUGUUUGUUCUUCACAAUUGCAUUAAACUGGGUCUGUCAAAAUGAAUCAUAUGAUACAAUGUCACUCUUUUUUGACACAAUACUCAUAGUAUUUAUCAGUAUUAACACCUUCUACACCCAGAGAAAGAAAAUAUGCCUGUUCUGUAAAAAGUCACCAAGGGCAACAUUUGAAAAUAAAACAUCAACUUGUUCCACCAUCAACUACGACAAGUAUGUUGAAGCUUUUGUUAGAAAGCAUAGUCAGUCAGUGUUAGAUGACAAUCUCGUUGAAUCUGAUCAGGAUAGUAUUGACAUCAACCAGACAAUAAACAGAAACAUAACAAAUACAGGGGGAAGUCGAUGCUGCAUUUUGCACUGUACUAAUGAAGGUAGUCGCACAUUGAAAACGCUGAAUGGCUUGUAUGAAAUUGAUAUUGACCAAAACUUCACAACUGAUGAUGCUGGUAAUUUAAAAAUCUGUAAUGCUCAUUAUAGUCGUCAACCACACAAGCAAUCUAAGCGAUUUAGGCAUACAAAACAAGCCUGUAGUAGACAAUUUACCAAAAGUCAAUGUUUGCAUUGCAAUGAAACAUACACCUUAACAUCGAGUGCAUGUCAUAGCCAUGUAUUAAACAUUUCUGGAAAAACGAUUUCAUGCCCUUGUACAUAUAGUAUUGAUCCAAAUACAACUGGCAAAACUGAAUCUUCAUCAAGUCUUGAAAUUGCAGGUUAUGCCUGUUCAAAGUGCGAGUCCUACUUUCUUGAGCUCAUCAAAACCUCUAACAAAUUAGACUCAUUAAUUGAUGAUCUGUCCGUGCCAUUGAAAGAACAAUGUUCAAUAUCCAAGAUGUCACAUCCAAGUGGAGCUGAGAUAAAUGAUAUGCCUUCUCCAGAAAAGGCGCAGCAGACCUCAUUUGAACAGCAAUCAGUUGAUAAACCGUUGUUUGUUACACAAUCGAAUGACCCUAACUCCACCUCCUAUCAAUCUAAAUCAGAGACAGGUAUCUGUGAGAAGUUGCUUAGUCUGCGGAUUGAAUCAGCCACUGAUCCACUUGAAUUCUCUUGUAUAAAUGUCAUCACAGAGCUCUGCCUUUCUCUAAUAGGUAAACCUUGGAGUAUGGCUC